AUGAAUCUUCUUCACUCCGCCCUCGACAAAGUUCGAGAUCGGUACGCGCCUAUCAGGCACUCCUCGACCUUCCGAUCUACGGGGCAAAUCACCCCGGAAGAAUUUCUUCUGGCAGGCGACUAUCUGGUAUACAAGUUCCCUUCCUGGUCUUGGUCUGACGCCUCCAGUCCCGCGCGACGUGUUAGUUACUUUCCACCAGGAAAGCAGUUCCUCGUCACACGUGGAGUUCCCUGUCACAGACGAUUAGAUGACAACUUCGCUGGCGGAAAUGGUGCCGCAGACGACUUGGUCCGAGACGGUUUUCUGGGCGGACCUGACGAUGAGACUGCUGGUGAGGAUGAAGGAUGGUUGAGGACAGGGGGAACGACAGAGAAAGAGCAAGAAGGCUUGAGAGGAGAAGUCCGAACCAUGAGCGAGAGUGGCCAGUUGGGUAAGAAGGCCAGUGAGGAGGAAGACGAAGAAGAGAUUCCUGACAUGGAGGACGAGGAUGACGAUAGUGAAGCCAUUAUCCGUGACAAGGGUGAAGGAGCUUCAGCACCACUCCGAACCUAUACGCUUUAUAUUACCUACACCCCCUACUAUCGCACUCCUCGAAUGUACCUUUCAGGAUACCUCUCUCCCUCCGAACCGCUUGCCCCACACCUCAUGAUGGAAGAUAUUGUUGGUGACUAUAAGGACAAGACCGUGACACUGGAAGAUUUCCCAUUCUUCGACACCACCGUCAAAAUGGCGUCCAUCCAUCCCUGCAAGCACGCGAGCGUCAUGAAGAUUCUCCUCGAUCGAGCGGACGCCGCGUUGAAACUCCGCCUUCAGAAACAAUCUGUUCCAGGGGCUGCUGCCAAUAUAUCUGGGAUGGAAGGUCUCAUCGACGACACGGCAGCACUCAGCAUCGACAAACAAAAGGAAGAGCAACGAGGCCACGACGCCGGUGUCAAGGCAGCUGGCGGCGCUGGAGGUGAUGAGUGGGAGGUCCUUGAUGAACAAGAUGCGCACAAGGAGGACGAAAGCGACAAGGUGGCUAUUCGAGUCGAUCAGUAUCUGGUCGUGUUUUUGAAAUUCAUGGCAAGUGUUACACCGGGUAUUGAGCAUGAUUUUACCAUGGGCGUUUGA